UUUUGAUAUUCCCGAACUUGCUCAUCGAUCAACAGGCCGAAGAAACUCAGACAUUUAACUCUAAUCGGAAGCACGUUACUCAAGCACCACAUCGACACUACACCCUCAACCAUCAAUAUGUCCGACGAAGUUGCGAUCAUUGGCGCUGGCCUUGCUGGGCUGACUCUUGCCCUAGCACUUCACCAACAAGGAAUCAAAUCCACCAUCUAUGAAUCUCGUCCCGCCCCUCUCAACAUCGGUGGUGCGGUCAUGUUAUCACCGAAUGCUCUGAAGGUGCUGGACGCCCUGGACUUGUACCAGGCCGUUCGAGCCAAGGGAUACAACUUCGACGAACUUGAGAUUCAGAAAGUCAGCGGCGAGCUGAUUGAGACCUACGAAUUUGGCAGUAAGGAAAAAUACGGAUACCCUGGAAACAGGAUCUACCGUUUCGAGCUCAUCGACAUCAUUAUGGAGGAGAUCAAGGCGAAGGGGAUUGCCGUCGUCUUUGGGCGCAAGUUCGCUCGUGUCGUCGAAGAGUCCGACGAACGGGUUGUCUGGGAGUCAAGCGAUGGCCAGCUUUCCACGGUGUCCUUCCUGGUCGGCGCUGACGGAAUCCACUCGACUGUGCGCAAGUACCUUCACCCUGAGAUUGUGCCAAAAUUCACGAACAUGACUGGCAUUACGGCGGCAGUGCCCACCGCUUCGGCCAGACACUUGGGACAACCCAUCACCAAACCCUUAACUAUUCUCUCCGAAAAGAAGGGUGCUUUUGUGGUCGCUCCACAGAAGGUCGAUGGCUCGGAAAUGCUCAUCGGCAAGCAAAGGCGGAUGGAAGAGCUGAGUCGAGAGGGCUGGGACCAGUUCUCCGCCGACAAAGAGUCCUUGAUCAAAUUCCUGCAAGAAGAUGCCGACGCAUUCGGUCAAGUGGCCAUCACUGCCACCAAGCACAUCAACCCGGACAAGAUCAAUGUUUGGCCGUUCUACGUGAUUCCGGAGCUCGACAAGUGGGCUUCUGCCAAGCGACGUGUGGUGAUUCUCGGCGACAGCGCACAUGCUAUCCCGCCUAGCGCCGGUCAAGGAAUCAAUCAAGCUUUUGAAGAUGUGUACAUGUUUGCUUUGGUGCUGGCGGCCAGCAGGGCCGGCAGGGUCGAUUUCCCAGACGCCUUGACCUUCUGGCAGGAUUAUCGACAAGGCCGAGUCAACAAGGUCCUGGAAUUGAACAAGCAAAUUGACCUGAGAAGACUCCCCAAGGACCAACUUGUGGGUGUGAUGGCGGAGGGCGUGGCUAGGCAGGAUUUUGACUUCACUUGGCUGUAUGCGCCGGAUUUCAAAGCAGAUAUUGAGAACUGGAUCAAGAGCGGCGGUGCUGCAAAAGCAUGAUCGUACCAGACUCGAUGCUGGGACAUACAAGAGGAAAUGAGCUACGCAUACGUGAAUCUUUGGUCGGAAAUUUCCGUGGUAGCCUCAUAGGAAGUGAUAGCUAAAGCACAGGUAGUACAUAAUCGUGACAAUCGAUCCUAAUGUGAAGCCGAA